AUGACGGUUCAGCGGAUCCCGACAAUCACCUUCGCAACUUCAUUAUCUCUUAAAGAUGAGGCACUGGAGUGGUAUCACACCCUCCCCCAAAAUUCGGUUGAUUGCUUCGCCACCGUAGAGGCUCUAUUUCGUAAACAGUAUGCUACUAACCGGAGGCCAAAAAUGACCCCCGCUGAGCUUGUCAACACCAAGCAGGGGAAAGAUGAAACCCUGAAGGCCUUCAUGCAAAGGUACAAUGAGACGGCCCGACGUGUGAAGAACGUAAAUCACACGUUCAUAAUCAGUAAUCUACCUUCCUGCUUACGUCCAGGGUAUUUCGCUGAACAGCUAUACGUAGAUCCUCCCAAAUCCAUGGAGGAACUCCAGACAACGAUCGCAAAUUUUAUCCGUAUUGAGGACCUCAGGAACUCUCGGAAAAAACAACAGAAAAGUCCGACCAAUAAUAAUAGGAAGGACAUAAAACGGUCGUCUAACAACCCUAAAAAUGAUCGACCCCCUCGAAAAGAGUCAGGAUGGACACCCAAGUACGAGCGUUAUACGUCGCUCAACGCACCCAGGGCAAAAGUGCUCGAAGAGGCCUUGCAUGCUGAACUCCUGACCGUUCGACAAAAGGCUACUCCAAAGAACGCUGACGGCA